AUGUUUUUCUUUCCUCUCAUCAAUUUGUCACCGAGCUCCAGUCUACCCCAUCCUUCCAACACAACCAUCUCCAUCAUUUUCUUUGUCCCGUUCCACUUCAUUCAUCUCCUUAUACUUUUUCUUUUUUUCAUAUUUUUGGCAAUUUCUUUUUGGCGUUUCUAUCUGACCAGUGUCCAUGAGGAAACUGAGCAGAAAACGCCCACCAACACAUUUUUUCUAAUUUCUUCUCUCUUUCUCUCGCUCUCCAUCUCUCUCUCUCUCUCUCUCCAUCUCUCUCUCUCUCCAUCUCUCUCUCUCUCCAUCUCCAUCUCUCUCUCUCUCUCCAUCUCCAUCUCUCUCUCUCUGUCUGUCUGUCUCUCUGUCUGUCUGUCUCUCUCUCUCUCUUUAACUCAUAUUACAAAAACAAAAAAGAUAAAAAUGAAAUUCCUUCCAGAUUUUUUCUCUUCCAUUUUUGAUCAUUUUCCUCUUUUUCUGAAUCUUUUUUCUCUUUUUCACUUUUCUUUUCCUUUCUCACUUUAUUUCCCUCUUCUUUCUCUUUUUCACUCUUCUUACUCUUUCUCACUCUUCCUCCUCUUUUACACUCUUUCUUCCUCUACAACUCUAUCUGCCUCUUUUUCUCUUCUUUUUGUCUCAUUCCCUUCACAAACAACGUUUCCCAUUCAAAAUAUUCUGUUCAUAUCUCUCUCACUCCCUUUAUCUAUCUAUCUAUCUAUCUAUCUAUCUAUCUAUCUAUCUAUCUAUCUAUCUAAGACUUCCUAUCUGUCUACCCCUGUUUUAAUCUAUCUAUCUAUCUAUCUAUCUAUCUAUCUAUCUAUCUAUCUAUCUAUCUAUCAUGGUCUGUUCAUCUCUCUCUUUAUCUAUCUAUCUAUUGAUCAAUGCAGUUGCCUGGUAAUAUCUUUCUAUCUAAUGAAGGCUUUGAUAAUGAUGCUAGCCUUGUAG